ACAAGAAGUUACGAAAGUCCAAAAAUUGUAAAAGAAAAAACACGUGUAUUUAUCUUAUCGAACACAGAGGAAGAAGAAGAACAAGAGGGAAGAGAAGAAGGAGGAGGAGAAGAAAGAAGAGUGAAAAGGGAAUAAUUAGGGUAAAGGAGAAGGAGUUGAAAAAGGAAGAGAAAGAGAGAGAGAGAGAGAGAGAAGACCGGCCGGCAGAAGAGGAAGAAGAAAGGAAAAUAACCAGGCAAAGAAAGGAGAGAGAGAGAUAAGAAAUAACAUAACAAAAGAGGAGAAAUACGAAAAGAGAAAAAGAGGAGAGGAAUAAGAGAAGAAAAACACAAGAGAUAAAAAGGAAGAGAAGAGAAGAAAGAACAAAAAAAUACAGACAGAAGGAGGAUCGCUAAAGGAAGAGAAGAAAAAUACCCAGUAACAUAACACACCUCAUAGAAGAAGAGUAGGAAAUAAAGAAGAAAAAUACCCAGUAACAUAACAUAGCUCAUAGAAGAAGGUGAAAAGGGGGAAAAAGAAGAAGGAAGCAUUAUGAAGAAAAUAGUGAUUAGGAUAAGGAGGUUCUUCAGGUCCCGUCCCUUGCUAAAAAACAUGGGUGGCUUUGGGAUGCUCUUCGUAGGGGCCGAGUGGACGCAACAGACCCUGCUCAAGAAGGUGUGGAAGGUUGACCCAGACCCCAAGUAUGACAUGGAGGCUUUCAAAAGAUACAGCUUCUUCGGCGUGCUGUGGUACCCUGUUAUCUACCAUCACUGGUACAAGUGGCUGGAUGUGCGGUUCGUGGGUACGGGCGUCGCCACCGUAGGGAAGAAGAUAUUCCUGGACCAGUUUGUGAUGGAGCCGCCCCUCUUGAUUGCCUUCUACGUCGGCAUGAGCAUAAUGGAGGGUCGGGAGGACGUGUUGAAGGAGUGCAAGGAGAAGUUCAUCACUACCUUCGUGAGUGGGUGUGUGUUCUGGCUUCCGGCAAUGGCCAUCAACUUCUACCUCCUUCCGUCGUCACUGAGGGUCAUAUUCGUGGGGGUGUGUUCCUUCCUCUGGUGCAACUUUAUCUGCUGGUACAAGAAGCAGCCGGCGUGAUGAGUGUGUAGGGGUGAGCUGAGGGGGUGAGAGGGAAGGGGCGUGUGUGUGUGGCGGGGAGGGGGCGGGUGUAUGGGGUAUGUGUAUAUGUGUGUGUGUAUUUGUUUGUAAUGGUUGUGUAUGUGUGUUUUUCUGUGUGUGUGUGUGUGUGUGUGUGUGUGUUUACUUAAGAUAAUAGUAAUAAACUGUGUGUAUAAACUAUGGUUGGUUGAGUUUGUUUGGUAUUAUUAUUAUUAUCAUUUAUUUCAUUUCUGUUCAAGUAAUUAAUAUAUGUAUGAAUUAAAAUGUAGUAUUGGCUGUUUUUAUUUGGGUUUAUAAUUAUGUGUUUAAAUAUGUUUGCCAUUAUUUGUAUAACUAGAAUACAUAGGAAUUUGUGUAGUAUGUGAGUUAAGCAGUAGUAGUAGUAGUAGUAGCAAUAGUAGCAGUAGUAGUAGUAGUAGAAGAAGCUUAAUUUUGAUAAGGAGUUCCUGUUCACCAAGUUCUUCCAUCACAUUAUCACUGAGCUUCCUACCUUUGGCCAGUUAUAAUUAAACUUACUCAUGUACAAUUA